CAACAAUUUUUCAUCACUAAAAAAGCAAUCUUUUUUCUUUGGGGACAUUUAUCAAACACCUUUUCUUCCUCCUUUCUCUCUCUAUUUUCCACAUCCCCACCUUCUUCUUCUUUUCUGUUUCUCUCUCUCUCUCUACUCUCUCUGUUUGAUGGUGGGUGGUUGAGUUUCAGAUAGCCCUUCCCCUAUCAUGUAAAACGAACAGAAAGAAACCUCGUUAAAUAACAUUCUGUCUAGAGAGAGAGAGAAAUAGGAAUAUAUAAGGGAGAUUAAGGAGAGAAGAAAAUGGAAAUAGCUAGAAUUAGGCAAUUGUUGCUGCUAUGGUGUCGAAUCCGAAGUAAUCGUCUUGCUCUCGUGGGUGGAAACCACACCGCCGCCAGAUUUUGCACUCGCUAAGCGUUUCCUCCGCCGCCGCGCGCUUGUCUCUCUCUCUCUCUUAGC